AUGCGAGUGUUUUGUGUAGUUUUAUCAAGAUAUGAAGGAGAAGGUAUUCCAGUGAGAGAAGCCGAGGAACCUGUCCAGAUUCUCGAAGACAAUGGAAUAAUUCAUCAUGAUCCUGCAACUGGUUCCACUUCAUUAUCUACUUAUUUAGAUACCAAACCUAAUCCUGUUGAAGAAGAUAUAGAUGUAUUACAGUCUGUUCAUACAAACAUGAGACGAAGAUCUGAUAUAACUGGACAGGGCCAAGCGUGCUCCUCUAAUUAUCGUUAUAGACAGAAUACCUGGUCAUCAUCUGAUAUCACACCACUCUAUCAUCAUGAUAAUAACACAGAAUAUAAUCUGGCAACAGAUGAUAAUAAUAUGGAACAAGCUAUCGACAGAUUAUUUAAGGAGCGACAGGAACAUCAGAAAUUACUAGAGAAUGUUGUCAGCCCGCAGAGUUUUUCAGGAUUACUCAAACCUGGUGGAGUCAAUGGAGACCAUCUGCUACCAUAUUCAAGGGAGACAACUACUAUAGGAGAACAGUGGGGAAUAUUGGAGGGAAGUUUAAACAGUUUACGAGGAAUUAGUAACGAACUUCUGAAACAUCGAGAAAUUAAAACUUUGGAAUCUACUCUCGGACAGAUAUUUAUUUCCUUCAGUUUUUCACAUUAA